UGUCCUUCAUGUUUUCAUGGCACUUCAAGUUGGUAGAAAGGUCACGUGGUCGUCUGUCUCCAUAUAAGCGAAGGUGCUCUCCUUUGAGCUUAUAUGAGCUUCAUCGCCAGUGCCCACUUCCUGAGCACAUUGGCAUUCUCUGCGACAGAGAGCCCGUCGAAUUCUCCCGGCGAGUACAUCUUAACACAUCUGUAAUGAAAAUGCCAUGGAUCCCACGUUCUGGUGACAGCUAUUCGUCUCCAUAGUAACCAAUUACUGUGGGUUUAUGUCACAAAUUCCCCAGCUUCGUCCGAAUUCCAUUUGACGCCGGAAUUCCGCCUGACACGUUCUUAUCAGACGUAAAUCUUACAACGGUGGCUUUAUCAGACCCAUCGGACCAGGCGAUACCACUCACCGAUGCGCCAAUCAGUUAAGACCUGCUCAACUAAAGCUCUUGGAUAUCGACUCGUCAGCGACCGACUGGCGGUUAAUGAUUAUCAAGCGUUAGACUCAGCGACCAUACACUGCAGCAUACAGAAUUGAUCCUACUCUCGAACUGUGACAACGUAGGCAGUUUGCUCCCGCAUGCGUCUAUGUGUUCGGUGUGGCUCUGAUGCCUCAUUCCGUGUGUCAAUGAAUGGCGACUUAAUUACUUCUUAGAGACGUAUCUGUACAAUGGAUGCCACCGUUGUAAGUUAUGGUGGCGAAAACAGAAGUGACUUGUGGCCAAGACAAAACAGUUCGUGGACUUUAUCCGAUUCUAAUACAGAAAUUUUAGACAUUUUACGACAGACACGUGAUGCCAAAUACUUUCACCCAGCGGUGGAGGUUGUAUUGGAAAUAGCCUAUGCUCUUCUUAUUACAUUCGGAGGCAUUGGAAACGGGCUUGUGUGUUACGUGGUGGCGAGGAACACUCACAUGAGAACACCAAGAAACAUUUUUAUCAUAAAUCUGGCUAUAUCCGACUUUACAUUAUGUAUGUUUACACAACCUUUAAACUUGGUGAAACUAGUGUACCUACAGUGGAGACUCGGAAGCUUUAUGUGCAAGUUUGUAACGAUGUUUCAAGGCACCAAUGUGUUCGUGUCCACAAUCAGUAUCACGGCCAUAGCUUUGGAUCGGUUCCAGGUGAUAGUCUACCCGACGAAGGACAGCAUGCGGAAGGUGGGUGCGGCUGUGGCCCUCAUAAGCAUCUGGCUUAUCUCCUUCCUCAUGGCAAGCCCCUUCCUCCUCUUCUCUGUCCUGAGGGAAGAACAACCCGUUCCUGACUACCCAAUAUUCUUGUACAGAUGCAUAGAGGACACGGAACUGAAGUUGGAGAAAAGAGCCUACUCGGUUGCAGGUAUGGUGGUGCAGUAUGUCAUGCCCAUCAUAAUUGUAACUAUUUCCCAUCUUAGAAUAUGUAACAAACUCAAAUACAGGAUGGUGAACCAACGUCCCCCUCCAGGGCAGCGAUCUCCGUACCUGAGGAAGAAGAAUGAACGGAACACAAGACGGAAGAGGAAGACGAACCUACUCCUUGCCAUGAUAGCGGUGGUCUUUGCUUUGAGCUGGUUGCCGCUCAAUAUCUUCAACCUGUUGAGUGAGUUCAACGAUGACAUGUUUCACGGAGACGUCAUUGACAUCAACUUGACGUAUGCGAUUUGUCACUUGUUUGUACUGUGUUCUGGGUGUCUGAAUCCCGUGCUGUAUGGUUGGCUAAAUGAAAACUUCCGGCAAGAGUUCAUGAAGGUGCUGUGUUGUUCCUGCUGUAAACGCCUCCAAAAUAAAGUCAAAGGAAGCCUGUGCUGUAAGGCUGCUCAUCAGGACCCCCAUCCCGGAGUACCUGCUAUCACUCUUACCAAAGCUUCUAACGGAGAGCCUCCAUCAAAGGUCUGUGAUGAAGACGGUCCUACCGUCACCCCAUUGUCGGAGUUCAACGUCAUGAAAUCGUGAACUGUGUGUUGAACUUGCAACUGUGAAGUCAGUUGAAAAUUACAUAGAAUUUAUUUUUAGACAGGCUGAAUACGGAACUUGGACAUGAAAAAUGUGAUCAUUUUAGAGUAUCUAAUAAGUAUUGCAUAUCAAUAUGUCUUUGCAUGUUUCACCUAAUAUGCAUUAAGCCAUGACCCCAUUGGCGAAAUUGUGGUUAAGUCUUGUGGUUAAAACGUACGCUCGUCACACAAAAGGCUAGAGCUCAAUUUUUGCACAUGGGUACAUUGUAUGAGGCCUAUUUUGUUGUUCUCCUUUCCCCUGUAAUAUUGUCAAAACCUUGCUAACUGGAGCAUAAAAGUGAUAUUAUGGUCA